AUGGACCCGGCACAGGCACCAGUGACCUUCAAGGAUGUGCUUGUGACCUUCACCCAGGAAGAAUGGGAAUUAUUGGACCUGCCCCAGAGGACACUGUACUGGAAGUGGAUUCACAGUAGAGUAAAACCCUAUAAAUGCAAAAAGUGUGGGAAGGCCUUUCUCAGGAAGGCAGAUCUCACUGGACACUACCGCAUUCACAUUAAGAAGAAGCUCUAUGAGUGCAUCGAGUGUGAGAAGGCCUUCAGCCGCAGGUCACACCUCACAGAACACCAGCGGGUUCACACUGGGGAGAAGCCCUUUGUGUGCAUCCAAUGCAGGAAGUCCUUCAGCCGCAGGUCACACCUCACGGAGCACCAGCGGAUUCACAGUGGAGAGAAGCCUUACGUGUGCAGUGAAUGUGGAAAGGCCUUUGCCCGCCACUCUGAUUUUGUUCGGCAUAAUAGAACCCACACUGGAGAAAAACCCUUUGAGUGCAAAGAAUGUGGGAAGGCCUUUGGUAACAGCUUUUCUGUAACUCGACACAUGAGGUCUCAUUCUGGGGAGAAGCUCUAUGAGUGCAGUGAGUGUGGGAAGACCUACAGCUACAGCUCAACCCUCAAUACUCAUCGAAAGAUUCAUAGUGGAGUAAAAUCCUACAAGUGUAAGAGAUGUGGGAAGGCCUUUGACCAGAAGGCAGGCCUCAGUCAACAUCAGAGAACUCAUACUGAGUUCUUCUUAAAGAGACCUUUUUAA